UGUUUGUCGACCUAUCGACUGGAAAGAUGAGUCUCUAAGUAUGCGAAAGAAACGCCACGAAGUCAUCGGAGGUUUCAAUGCCUUUCUUAGAGAACAGAAACGUCUGAAGACUGAUUCAUCAAAACUGUAUUUAAUUAAAUUUAAUACAAACGUCAAUAUUGUUUAUUCAGGCGAUAAUGUAAAAGACGUGCCCGACUUGAAACCAUCAAUGUAUACGCCAUGUGGUCGGACAGCCCUAUUUGAUGCCAUAUCUGAAGGCAUAUAUAUUGCUGACGAGGAUAUGGAUGACAGCGAAAAUGAGAAAGUAAUUUGUGUUAUCAUUACCGACGGCGAAGAAAACUGUUCAAAGGACACGACCAAAGACCAGGUUCGGCGACUUUUGGCUCAGUACGAGUCCAAAGGCAACUGGGCUUUCGUUUACAUCGGCAAAAACCCCGACCGUUGGACCAAAGAGGUCGGUAUGUCUGCGGCAAUGGGAAUCUCAUACAACUAUAAUGAACCGCGCAUUACAUUCAAACAUAUCUCUAAUACGGUCACCAAAUAUCGGGUCUCCAAAUAUAAACUUAARAAAACACUGUUUCAGAGAUUUGGAUUAAAAUGAUUUUAUUUGUUUUAUUUAUAUUAUWAGUUAUUUACCUUUAAAAUUGUGAUAAUAAGUUUGAAUACUAUA